GGAGAAUGGAGAGCGAGAGAGACAGACUGAGGAGAGAGAGUAGUAAUUAGCUCAUUGCUUGCUGUUUCCUGUCAUGACAGUUCCCUGCUAUACAACCUCUGGUCUCAUCUGGCUAAGAAUGUGGAUGUAAAAGUGAAGCGUGGAGUCAAGCAAUUAUCUAGCCAUCAGAAUCACUGAGGGCAAACUCGCAUAAAAAGAUUAUUUAAUAAACCUUAUUUGCACGCUUACAUUAAUAAAAUAUUCUAGAUUUAAUUCCAAUUGAUAGCAAUGCAAAUUAGUAUUUGAGCCUAAAGAAUAAUACCAUUCUCAAAUCGAAGAAUACAUUUCAGAUAUCAGUGUAUUUGACCGCACGCUUGUGUGAAAAAACCCAUAAGAGUGUCCCGAUAACAUUCUUCCAAAAACCAGAGGCCUAUAGACCUGUUGUUGUUAUGUUGUUCAUAAACUGGCUUCCCCCUUCUAGGAGUGUGAGACGGUCAACCCCAACCCCCUCAUUCCGUCUGUCCCCUUUGAAAAGGCAGGAGAUAGCGGUUUAAAAGGACAGGAGAUAGCCCCCAAUCAUCUGCAUCUAUAGAUUCUCUACCUGCAAACAUCCAGUCAUGAGCCCCUCUUUCACCCACCUCCUCCCUACCCUACAUCAUGCGAUUAAAACAUUUACAAGGUUAAAUCACCUCGUUAGAAAUGUAGUAGUGAGCAUCAAGUAUAAAUGUGCAACAAUCAAAUCACUUCAUUCAAGGUUAAGUGAGUAAAUUAUAGUUUUGAGUUUAAGGCUCCUUAAGAUUGACUAGAUUCAUUGAAUUGCUGAAGCACUUGACCAAAUAUAAAGAUGAGAUAUAUCAAUUAUGUGGAAAAAGACUAAAAUACAGACAGACAGACAAACAAACAGGCAAGCGUGUGAAUCUUGAGAUAUGGAGCUGAAAAAGAAGCAGUGCACCAACGGAAAAAAUGCUCCAUAUCAAUAUUUCUUUGGCUUGAGCUCUUGCAUGCUGUGUGAGUGUGUGUCGGUGUCAGUAUGUGUUUUGAUUUAUUAAUGCAGCAGGGAGUCGUAGACAGCUGUCCUCAGCAUUGAUAACUACACGGGAGGCUAGAAAGUCGAACAGCGCCCUCUAGUGGACAACUGGCAACGAUGAAGACAUGAAUCAUAUCUAAUCGUUUAAUAAUUGUCUCGUCUAAUUUUUUUAAUGGAUUUUGGGUAUGUAUGAAAACACAUUAUAUAAAUCUGAAAAUUUUGUCGUAUAAGAUUGUUUCCACGAUGUACAAAGAAACAAUUUGUGGCUAUGUGUAGGUAAUAAUUUCCAGUUUUGACUUGACAUGAGGCCGUCUGACACUGAAAAACAACGCGCGAGGAAACGCAGACAUGUGGUGGUAACAAAACCUGUCAAACCAUCUUAAACGACCAUCCCAGAAUGGUUACUAAGCAGGCUACAUAGACAAAACGUGUCGUGAAUGAUACAGUUUGACAGUCUCAGUUGAUACUUUUACAUUAGGCGUGUUUUGGUUGCUUACAUUGCUGCCCGUCCUGGAUUAGCCGAGUGCACGCAUACUAAUUUAGAUAAUGAUCAUGUUGUCUGUAUAUCAAGGACGACGUCAUAAAUUAUUCGAAAUCAAAAGGAUAUAUUCUGUCUGGCAUACCUGUUAAAAUAUUUCCACCAGACAGGUUUAAUUUAUGAUCACUGUAGUUAGCUAUUUUUGUGACGAGUAACUCAUAGAUCUGUACGUCAUGACGUCAUACUUGUGCUGUUGCUAAAGCAAGCACUGUUAUUCUCCAAAAUCUCCAACCUUUAUUUGUUAAAUAGGCACAGUGUGUGCUUCUGCUUUCGUAGCGAACAAUAUUUAAUAUAUAACCAACAGUUAUGAGGUAUCAAAGUACUAUAUCUUUAUUUAAAUGACAGAUUAUUAAAUGAUACUUAUUCAUCGUUUCAGUGUAUCAUACUUCCUAUAGUCUACUAUGUAGUGUAAAGUAAUGUUUAGCCUUUGUGGUUUAGUAAGUAUGGGUUAGGUCCUCUUAAGAUAGUGUCUUUAACUAUAUUAAGACAAAAUCGGUGAAAAGAAUGGUGUGUUUUUGCCAGUUGAAUUACACCUUCAGAGCCUGUCUAACCACAAUGGUUUAAUAUAAACCCCACCCUCUCUGUCUGAAACAUACAGUUUGUAACAUCUUGAGUAGUUUUACUUGUUUGCAACAGGGAGCUUAGUGUGUCUUUUUCGCUGUUUUCUGGUUCAAUAUCUCGAUACCUUUUUUAUUCUUGGAAUAUUAUAGAAAGAAAAAUGAUUUUGUAAAAAAUGAGGUGAACUUGAGUAAACUACACUGGCUGUGUAAGUAGUAAGUAGUGAAUGAUUCAAGCUAGUGAAUGAUUCACAAAUUCCCUGAGAUUAGACUGCAGAUGAUGUGUUUCCUAAAAUAUGCUAUAAAGCUGAAAGACGUGUUCUUGGCGUUCUUCACCUCUGUUUGAUUUCCUUCUCGGUCAAGUGAUUCAUUUCAGGGAGGGACUCUGGGCCUCAUGCAUGUAUAGUGACACACAUUUGAUCCUUUACCUUUUAAAUAAUUCAUUUUUUAUAUAAUGUAUAAAAUGCACAGCAAGAGGACGGCUGGUAGAGUUUAGAUUAUUUCUAGUAUGCGUUAGUCUGUGCGAUCGAGGCCUAGCUCCAUUUUCAGCCUGCCUGAGCUGAACAAAAGACAUUUACUCAGGAAACGUUUCAGCCAAUCAGAAGCUGCCUUCCAUUCUGCUUCUGAGCCCCGGCCAAUCAUUGCACUGCUUUUAUAGCUUUUAUCAGAAUGUUGGCUUGGCUGGCUUGGAGAGCUGAGAGUGCUCUUUCUGUAUAGAGAGGGAAGGCUGAGGGCAGUCCUCCAUGUUUUAAUAAGCAUUGACACUGUGUUUUAAGCCAUGCAUCCACAGAGUUUGGCUGAAGGAGAAGUGAAGGCUGAGUCAGAUGCAAUUGAAGGGAUGGAAAUCGCAACACGAUCCAAGGUCUCUGAUCAAGGGUCAGCAGAACGGAUUGCCUCGAAGCGCAAGGUUUCCAGCCCUCCUCACUCCUCUAAUGGACACUCCCCAUCCGAAUCUUCCUCCUGUCCUGUCAAAAAGAAGAAGAAACCUGGAGCCGUCAAUAACAGCAAAGAUCAGUCAGAACUAAGACAUGGUCCCUUUUACUAUGUGAAGCAGCCUGCACUCACCACAGACCCUGUUGAUGUUGUACCGCAGGACGGGCGGAAUGACUUCUACUGCUGGGUGUGCCACCGCGAGGGCCAGGUGCUCUGCUGUGAGCUCUGCCCACGUGUCUACCACGCUAAGUGCCUCAAACUGGCCGCAGAGCCGGAAGGAGACUGGUUCUGUCCUGAAUGUGAGAAAAUAACAGUUGCCGAAUGCAUAGAGACUCAGAGUAAAGCGAUGACAAUGCUCACAUUGGAGCAGCUGUCCUUCCUGCUGAAGUUUGCUCUGCAGAAGAUGAAACAGCCAGGUACGGAGCCCUUUCAGAAGCCAGUGGCACUGGAACAGCAUCCAGAUUAUGCAGAGUAUAUAUUUAAUCCUAUGGAUCUCUGCACUUUAGAAAAGAACAUUAAAAAGAAAAUGUAUGGCUCCACCGAGGCGUUCCUGGCUGAUGUGAAGUGGAUUUUGCACAACUGCAUUAUUUAUAAUGGAGGCAACCAUAAACUUACAGCAACAGCAAAAGUUAUUGUAAAAAUCUGUGAACACGAAAUGAAUGAGAUCGAAGUCUGUCCGGAGUGCUAUCUCUCCGCGUGCCAGAAAAGAGACAACUGGUUUUGUGAGCCAUGUAGCAACCCCCACCCUCUGGUGUGGGCCAAGCUGAAGGGGUUUCCAUUUUGGCCUGCUAAAGCCCUUCGAGACAAAGAUGGACAAGUGGAUGCUCGAUUCUUUGGGCAGCAUGACAGGGCCUGGGUUCCUAUUAACAACUGCUACCUCAUGUCUAAAGAAAUCCCGUUCUCUGUCAAAAAGACCAAGAGCAUCUUCAACAGUGCCAUGCAAGAGAUGGAAGUGUACGUCGAAAACAUCCGCAAAAAGUUCGGAGUCUUUAAUUACGCUCCGUUCCGCACGCCAUACACACCGGACAACCAGUUCCAGAUGCUUUUGGACCCAGCAAACCCCGGCGCGGGCUGCGUCAAACCCGAGAAACAUGAAAAGAUCAAGUUUAGCUUUGAUUUAACAGCAUCUCCUAAAUUGCUCGUGGGCAAGAGCAUGGUGUCCAGUGGGACUGUAGGGGGCGGGACUGGAAGGCGAAUCUCAUUAACGGACAUGCCUCGUUCACCAAUGAGCACUAACUCCUCUGCUCAUACGGGAUCUGAUGGAGAGCAAGAGACUGCAGAAAAAAGCCAUGCUAAAGCUGCUUUGCCCCAUUACAGCACAGGGGAGGAGUCAAUGGAUUGUACUGCAUCACCCACUCCUCCUAAAGCAGGUCUUACUGGCAGCAGCUUAGAAAGCCCUAAACCAUUCCACUCUCCAGCUCCCAGCACCCCCGUUAAACAGGAGAAGACCCCCACCACCGGCAGCAUCCUUAACCUCAACCUUGAUCGCAGUAAAGCAGAGAUGGACCUGAAGGAGCUGAGUGAAAGCGUUCAGCAGCAGAACCAGCAGCAGCCCUCUCUCACCUCCCCUAAGAGACAGAUCAGAAGUCGCUUUCAGCUCAACCUGGACAAGACCAUAGAGAGCUGCAAAGCACAGCUGGGUAUAGAUGAAAUAUCAGAGGAUGUUUAUAAAGGUGCAGAGCACAGUGACUCUGAGGAAUCUGACAAGUCUGACUCCAGCGACAGUGAAUACGCCACCGACGAUGAACAGAAAUCCAAGUCCAACCAAGAAAAUAAAACCGCAGCUGAUGGGAAAAACGCAAAAGAGUCCCUUAAAAAAAAGACGAAACCCUCAGCAGUGGCCGGUGAGGACAAAGACAACAGCAUGGAGUCUACCACAACAACCAACACGGCAACCAAAGGAGAACCCACCCAGACGACAAACCCUGUCGAUCCUAUAGCUAAAGAGGAAUCAGAGAAAGAACCUCCAGAGAAGAUAAAGGUGGCUGCUGCAUCACCUGAUUCUAGAGAGAAGCCCAAGACGUUGAAGGAGGAUGGGCCGCCGGCACCUGUGGAUGUGGACAUGGAUUCAGAUUCAGAGAGAGAGCUGGUCAUUGAUCUGGGGGAAGAGCAGGCAGGGAAAGAGAGGAAGAGGACCAGGAGAGAUUCAGCCGCUGUCACCGCACUCAAAGAGCCUGCAGGCUCAAAAGCUGAUGGUAAAUCCACUCCUAUUUCCAGUGCUGUUACCCAGCCUCAGAACCCGGCUGUUCUGUCCUCCACCCCAAGCAUCAAAGACCCAUCUCAGUCCCCAGUGCCGAUCCCGCUGAACAUAUUACCCCUCACAACAGCUCCAGCCAGCACCACUCUGACCGCCUCCACCCUCUCCAAUGCCACCUCCAGCACCCACAGUUCCUCAACUACCCCCACCAGUACCAUAAAGAAACAACGUCCAUUACUGCCCAGAGAGACCGUGCCUGUGGUUCAGCAGGCCGUGGUGUGGAACCCCACCACCAAGUUUCAGACGUCCUCGCAAAAGUGGCACAUGCAGAAGGUUCAGAGGCAGCAGCAGGGCCAAGCGCAGCCGGCCACGCAAGCGCAGGUGUUAACACAGGUGCAGCACAACCAACAACCGCAGCAGCAAGCGCAGGUCUCCUCGUCCUCGUCAGGACAGCAGCCUUCUUCUAGCACCAGAUAUCAAACAAGACAGGCUGUUAAAGCUGUGCAGCAGAAAGACUCGGCACACAGCACGUCCUCAUCAGCGGUCCCUCUUGUCACCAGUGCGCCGGCUUCUGGCACCGUGAUGGCAGGAGCCACUGUUAGCUCUUCAUCAUCGACCUCCACACCCGGAGACAUCCAGAUCCCCACCACAUCUGCAGAUGUAGCAGCUGACAUCGCCAAGUACACUAACAAGAUCAUGGAUGCAAUUAAAGGGACGAUGACUGAGAUAUAUAAUGAUCUUUCCAAGAGCACAUCAGGAAACACAAUAGCUGAGAUCAAACGAUUGCGAAUCGAAAUUGAAAAAUUGCAGUGGCUACAUCAACAAGAGUUAUCAGAGAUGAAGCACAAUUUAGAGCUGACCAUGGCCGAGAUGAGACAGAGUCUUGAGCAGGAGCGAGAGCGAAUCGUGACGGAGGUCAAGAAGCAGAUGGAGGUAGAGAAACAGCAGGCCGUGGAUGAAACGAAAAAGAAGCAAUGGUGUGCAAACUGCAGAAAGGAGGCCAUUUUCUACUGCUGCUGGAACACCAGUUACUGUGACUACCCCUGCCAACAAGCACACUGGCCUGAACACAUGAAGUCGUGUACACAGUCUGCAACAUCAUCACAGCAAGAACAAGAAACAGAAGGCGGCGCAGAUGUUACUCCCAAAGCCCCCGUGCAACCCAACAAUGGACCCAACUCACCGAGAGAGACUGUAACCACUUCACCUGCUGAUAACAACAGCGAAGGAGAUAAAUCCAAGGACAUUGUCACUAUGUCCUAGCUUACGUGUACAUACACUAAACAGCACUUACUUUUGUACAGGUGUACAUAGAUGAGUAUUCACUACAAAAAACAAAAUUUUGUCUUGCCUGAUUGUGCUCUUGUGAUAUACUUUUCCGUUUUGACUUCAUGUCUGAAUGUUUCCUGACAAAGACACACAGAACACCCAAACCUUUUCCUGAUCUCAUUUUACAAGAAGUUAGAGGGCCUAGAAAGACCUGUUAAUUUAUGUUUCUUUAAAAUUCUUGAGAACUUUUUUUAAUGUUGCCAUAUUUAUAUACCGCCUUAUUCGGGGGGGGGGGGGGUAACACCUUGUUUGUAAGAUGACGAUUAGAAAUUCAGAAUUUCUGAUCUGAUUUAAAUCUAUUUUUAUUUUUGAUGGAAAUAGUACUGUUCUGUAUUUCUUGGAAUAUCUUAUUCAUGCCAGUUUAUCAAAGAAGAAUAUUUGGUCAUAUAAAACGUUGAGGACUACAUUAUAUUAUGUCAUUACAUUGCUAAGGCAAGUUUAAACACUGUUUCGAAAAAUAUGACUACUUCAUCACAGUUUGGUAGAAUUGUGUCUGUGGACACAGAUUGUGGUUUGUUGUAAAACUAUGUAUUAUCAUUAAUACAGUCAGCAUGAUCUGUUUACCUGCGUUACUGUAAUAUAUCUUAAAUGCCUUAGAGUAUUUUUUGCUGCCUUUUGAUCUCCAGUUCACCUCAUUGGUUCGUUUCAGUUAUGUUUGUGACAUCAGUCUGAUCUCAUGGGUUCACUUUUAUUUAUUUAUAAUCACUUUUUAAAAGAACUAUAGCAUUAGACUAAUGAUAAGUGACAGAAUACACUGUCAUGUUUGUCUUACUCAUUUCAAAAUGAUUUGGUUUCUACCAAAUAAUCUUUUUCUUUUUUAGUCUGCCAAAAAGACCUGUUUACGUUUUGUUUAAACAUUGUUCCUGUUUUCUGUCUUUUUUGUGGGGGAAGUGGGUAUUGUUUUUAUUUAUCAAACAUUUUCGUUUAUAAUAUACUGUAUUACACCAAAGGUCUUUGCUAGUUAUAACUUACAAUUUCUUACAACGUUUAUUCAUCAUCAUGCAUUAUUUUCAAUGUGUGAAGAACAAACUGCUGUACUUUGAACCGAAACAUUCCUUCAUUUUAUGUUAAUAGUGCAUAAAUAUGUUAUUCCAAACCAUAUACAGAAAAAGAGAGCGAUUUCAAACAAAGAACAAAUAGAUAUUUGCAUACUGUAUAUUGAUAAAGAUCUGGUGGUCUAAAUUGUAAUUUAAUAGUUUUUGUAUGGUGCAACUGUAUUAAAGAACACCUGAAAAAGUUUCACA